AUAUGAAAGAGGUAAUAUAAAGGACAUUUCACAACAACAACAACAACAUAGUAUGCUUCAUGCAGUUCAUGAAUUACUUGAGGAAGCCCAGAAAGAGCACAUUUCCAGAUUCUUAUUGCGUGAAAAAAAUUCAAAGCAAAAUGUAAUUGUCAAGUGUAACUUAACUGAAAUUCAGAAACAGAUUGAUGAUGAAUUAAUGAUGGUUUACAGAGGCCAACCAGGCUGCUUACUUCUAGCCAAGGAGUUGUUUUCUACUGAACUAGAUCUGGCAUCGCAAACAGCUGUAGUUGACCAUUUAGAAUCUGUAUGUGCUGAACUUGAAACAACUGCCAAGGAAAAUGAAGAAGCAAACCGAAUGUUACUUCAAAAAAGUUUGAAGAUACAAAACUUUACUGUCGUUGUUGAGACAAAUCAGAAUAUUAUUCAGUUAUUGCUGAGACAAAAUAAUGAUUCAAGAAGAAAACUUGAAGAAGAGCAGCACCAGUUGCAUCAAUACAUCCAGAACAAUUUGUGCAGUCAAGAAGUUGGAACAGUUGCCUUGGCAACACAACUGAAGGAUGGCGUAAAAUCUGAAGUAGAUAAGUUCUGCUCAUUGUCAUUACCAUAUCUCAUGUUAACAACAAUGGAUGACACUGAACUGAUUGCUGUGAGGAAUUUGUCAAUCAAUAGACUACAUAAUACAUCUUUAGAUAGUGGUGGACAAACCAUACAACAUGUACUCAAUACACUAAAAUUCCCAUUGUACAAGGAUGCAGCUUCUACCGGGGCACUGACUGAAAAGAUAAAAAUACAUGAUAGAGAACAUAAGAGACGUGUAUUACCAAUAUUAAAACAAAGAUUGUCUGAAACUACACCAGCCAAGGAAAGAUUAUCAAAAAUCAAGAAGCUGGAGUCAGUUUGGUGGGAUCAACCAGCUCAGAACCUUGUCACUUGGAUGCGUGUAGAUGACAUGACAAUGGAUGAAGUAAAGAACACCUGGAGAGUGGAAACCACAAAACUUAUACAGAGUUAG